AUGGCAUCCAGCUCUGUGUUUUUGUCCAGUAUGGUGGGUAAAGCUCGCUCCUCCAACUUCACCCUCUCUGAGAAGCUGGACCUGUUGAAGCUGGUCCGUCCUCACAUCCGCAUCCUGGAGGAACACACCAACAAGCAUGCAGUCAUCGUGGACAAAAACAAGUGCUGGGAAACUGUUGCCGAGCUAUACAACGCUUUGGGAGGAGACAGACCCCAUCGCACCGCUCAGGGCCUCAGAACCCUCUACAAGAGGUUGAAGGAGUCAGCCAAGCAGGAAGUGAUGCAGCGGAGACACGCCCAGCCAGAGUACAGAUCGAGCAUCUCUGAGCCAACUAGGAGAAUCAUGGAGAUGAUCCCUCACCUGUUUCAGCACGUGCCCAUCCAUGAGAAGGACCAGGCACUGCGCAGAUUAAUAUACAGCAAGCACAACUCUCCUGUGGAACACCCUGGCAGCAGCUCCUCUCUGGCUGGACUCCAGGAUUACUCAGCAGCUGUCCCAAGUAUCCCCCAUGAGGUGGUCCAGCUGGACCCUGAUGAGGAUGUAAAACCACCGCCAGACCUCCCCACCCUCUCCACACACUCGGAGCCAGGGCUGGAUGGAGGCCAGGAGCCGGAGGCAGAGCACGACUUGGGCAGCGUUCACGAUUACGAAGCAUCCCUCUCCCCCGUCACUUCCUCCGUGAACAUCACCCUCUCCACAUCGCCGAUACCGUUACGUUGCGACCUCUUUCCCAACAACCUCUACCCUCACCACGAACCCGACAGGUUUCGCUCUCUGCACCUCGCCAAAGAGGAGCACGAGUUGGUGGUAGCCAAUCACAAGAAGGUUGCCCUGUACCUGGAGGAGAAGAGGGAGGGGCUGAAGAGGAAACAGGAUCUGGAGGAGGAACUUCUGAGAGCCAAGAUCAAAGUGGAGAAACUAAGAGCUGCUCGACUGAGACACGGACUGCCAAUUCCUCUAUAGUGACCAUGAACACACACAUCAGUGUUUGAAAAGUAGAGGCUCUGAGGAGCUUAAAGUGCGGAGAAGAAGCUGAGGAGCUAUCACACUCAUCAGUUUUUAUUUGGAGGGCUGUUUCAGAACUUGAAUUUCUUUUGGAAACAUAGUGCCUCGUACAAACACUGAAAGCCUGUUUGCAUAUCGCAGGAUAAGCCUGACCAGUCUGUGUGUAUACUUGUCAUUGUUUAAAUGUAUCUUCAUUUACACUUUUUAUAGAAGCAGUAACACAACUUGUAAAUGCCCAUAUUAUAAACACUGUGAGAGCCAACAUAGGCACAAAAAAAAAGAAGUGAUAUCAACUUUUUGAAAGGAAUAUUAUUAGUAAUAAAUGGCAUGUACCACGAUGGUGCUUAUCCUGCCUAUAUCUGCCCCCUAUGAUGUAUGCAUCUGUAAGCAUAUUAUUAAUGAUUCACUACUAACUGGAGUAUCUUAAAAAGAAAAAAUCCACUUGAUCUAACGAAUCAGAUGUAAUCAAAUGAAGAAAAAAAACCAGUAUCUUGUAGCACUUUAAGGUAUCCAAGCUAGCGGCGCUUAUACAGUAUUCUGUAUGUUAACAAGGAAAUAUAAGCACAAAAAAACAAAGUACUGAGAAGUGUUCAGAAACCCAGCACUGAAGCACAAGUUCAACUGAAGGCCUUAAACACGAGAUGCUACUGAUGACAAAUCUUGUUCUGUGAGUUGCUGUAGUUACAUCGAAGUGAGUUCAAGUCAUAAUUCUCUCUGGUUGCUGAAUUAAUGGCGAGUUAGGCGAUCAAAAAAUGUGGACUUAAAUUUGCGAUGUUAUCGUUAUUUAAUGUAUGUGACAUUGAUUGUAUUGUAAUGUUUGUUGGUAUAUGAAUGUUGUCAGUUUCUUUUACA